UGUGUCGUUGAUUUAGAUUACUGUCAAAUCCCCCAGCAGCUUUCCACAUCAUUCACAUCUCUUCACCUGCAACAUACUGAAUACGUGAUUAAAGUAUUCACACAGAGCCGUAGUCUUCUUGGAACUAUAUCAAGAUCAUCAUCAAUAUACAAAUAUGAACGGCCUGCUCAUCCUGGGUGUAUUGCUGUUUAUUCCAGGGCAAAGUGGUGCUAAGCCUGCCAGCCCCAGCCCUACACCUAAUCCCAAUGAAUCCACAACUAAUGUAUCAACAACAACCUCCCCUGGUUCCACAAACAGCACUGAACGUGAAGCUCAGCCUACCAUCAGCUCGGUCUCCACUACCAGCAUCACCACCACCACCACCACCACCACCGUGACAACAGGAACCACCACCCAAAGUGUUUUUCUAAGUUACAAUUCUGACUGCCGUGACCUGUACAUAGUGUCUGGCAUACUGUUAUUAAUCUGCGUUUUUUUUAUGAUAUCGACACUGAUAUUGCUGUGCAAGGUGUGCCAGUUGAAGAGACAUCUGAGAACCGAUGGCGAAUCUGUCAGCAACAACGAGUACUGGAUGAGGACUGACAAUAGGGACAAAAGCAAGCCUGACUCUGAGAGAGAAGCCAAAGAGAGCACCAUGUUAAUGGCUGAGCUAACUCCAGCACAAGGGGAGACAAAUAACGGCACCAUCAAAGAAGAUGGUGAGAAGGUAAAGGAAGAUGAGAAAACACCAGAGGAGAAGGUGGUAGGAGAUGCGGCCAACAGCGAGGAGGCUUCAGCCGCACCUGUAACUGCAGCUGAAGAUUCACCCUCCCCCAACCCACAGGCGGCCACAGAAGCCCAGCCCAGCCAAGCUGUGGAAGCAGCCUCCUCUGAGGGCAAAGAGGAAGGUGAUGUAGAAAAGAAAUAGGAAGAUUCCCAUCUCAUUCCUAAGAUUCCCACAACUUCUAAAUGCUCAGGUUUUAUGGAUGUCUUACACUGUGUGUUUCAUACUUUGAAUAGCUCAUGAAAUAACUCAAGAAACGGCCCCCUUUUGUGUUCUUAUACAGCCUGCAUCACUCUUCUUAUAUAUUGGAUAAGAAAAAUGGGAUAGUGAUCAACUUCUUGAGUAAAUUGUAGCACAAGACGUUGAUGUCUGAUAAGACAAGCUAAAUAUAUGAACAUUUUGUUUUCUUUGCCAAAGGAUGUGAUGUGGAGUUUUGUGUAUAGCUGCCUUUAUUUCACUUUGUUUAAAGCCUUUAACUGUAAUUUUUUUUUCCAGGCAGAUUUUUUGUUCUAUUUUUGAUUAACAAAAUCAAUUUGAUAAUCAACCAGCUGUGUGUAUUCUAAGCUAGUCAACCAUUUCUUACUGGAAAAACAACAGAGUGAUGUUGCUUCCAAUUCUUGUGUGUGAAAAUUAAAAUAUUU